AGUCCAUUCACAAAUCGACUUCAGUUUUAAUCAAAACGUUCCUCUCGCAACAACCAAACGGGUUUCCAUUUCUAUUUGGUAAACAACAAAAAUAAACAAAAACACCAAAGUCAAUACAAAAAUAAUUAACAAAUAAACAUAAUGCAUAAUCCGGACUAUCAGCCAAUUAAUAAUUUUGUGCAAGUUGAAUUUGGUGAACGUUUUCUGCCCAUCAUUAACGAACAACCUAAACUUGGAAAUCUAAUUCAAUCGAAAAUCGAAAACCAAGAAUAUUUCUAUGGCAUUGAAUUAUCGGCUAGAUCCAAUAGUACCUUGGACUAUCGUAAGUUCGCUGUCUUGCCUCUUUUUACGUCAUUAGUUUGGUUCGGUCCGGAAUAUUCGGACAUUCAGCCAAUUGAUGACGUAGACGCGGUACGGUUUGGUAGUUCCUUGAUGCACAACACAGUGGUAAUGCCUCAUUUCACAUGCUAUCGGGCGACACCGGAAAGACUGAGGAAUUUUCUUGCGUUGAACUUCACAAAUGUGCUCGCGUUGCGAGGCGAUCUUGUUGAUGCGAAUCAACAUUACAAGCAUGCUUCGGAUUUAGUGACAGACAUCCGAGAGAUUCGCGGUGAUACAAUUAGCAUAGGUGUCGGUGGGUAUCCCCAAAAGCAUCCGCAAGCUAAGUCAAUGCAAGAUGACCUGAGAUACCUCACACAGAAGGUUGAUGCGGGAGCUGAUUUUAUAAUUACCCAAAUUUGCUUUGACGCAAGCAGAAUUAUCGAAUUUAUAGGAAAUUGUCGUAAAAACGGAAUUACGGUGCCAAUUAUCAUUGGAGUCUAUGUACCGGAAAAUUAUCGUAUACUGUUGAGAAUGCUACAAAUUACACAAGUGACAAUAGAACCGGAACAACUUAAACGAUAUGAAAAGCUACAGGGAAAUUUAACAGAAUUCAAACAAUACGCGGUGGAAAUGGCUGGGAAAUUUCUAACUAAAGUUUUCGAAAGUAAUUCUGGAGUUUAUGGCGUACAAUUCUUUUCAAUGAACCAUUUUGAAGCGAUUGAAGAACUUGUAAACUCUGUCUUUCAUAAGUUUAAUACAAUAAAACAAAAUUAAUUUAAUAUUUAUUCAUUAA